AUGAAGACUACAGCCAUCCUCGCCCUGGCCGCCGCGAGCCUCGUAGCGGCCUCGCCCCAGCACAAGGUCUCCAAGCCCAUCAUCACGGCCAGACAGAACAACGCGCAGGCCACGCCCGUGACUGCCACUGCCAUCGCGACCAUCUCGACCACGGCCACUGCCGCCAACCAGGUCAUCGCCGUCUCCACCACGGUCUUUGCCACCGCCACCCCGGAGACCACCACCGUCACCGUCACCUCCACCCAGACCGUGUCGGAGACCCCCAUCCCCACCGUCACCGUCACCGCCCAUUGGGGUCACCACCACGGUGGUCACCACCAUCAUCACCACGAUGAUGACUACGAUGAUCACGACUACGAUGGUCAUGACUAUGAUGAUGAUGACUAUGGAAAGCAGAAGUGCCACUCGACCAAGUGGCAGCAGGCCGAUCUAGCACCUUCAUCCACAAUACCCUUGUUACUUCUUGCGCUGGGUAUGGAGGGUAGUGUGGAAUGGGAGGAUUGA